CACAAAUUAACUACACAAAUUGUUCAACACCAAUCUAGAAAACUCAAGAAAAUUGAAACAAAUCACAAAUUAUCCAUAAAUAACAUGAUUAAUCGAAAGCUUCUUCCUUUCAAUUAAGUUUUCACUCUCCACUCAAUAACAUCAACUUCAUUGUACAUAACUAGAAAGAAAAAAUUAGACUUGUCUCCACAAACAUAAAUAAGAUUAGUUGUUUAGAAUAUUAAAUAUGCUGAGAAAAUUAAUUAUAUGGGUGUGGGCGGGUACCCAUGGGUCGGGUUUACCUAAAUCCAAACCCAACCCAACCCGGUGAAUAGUGAACAGGUUUAAACCCAAACCUGGCCCAAAACCCCGUCAACACCGAUUUUACCCGCGUUGACCGGGUUGGAUCGGGUGGGUACCCAUGGGUUCGGGUUUUGUUGCCAUCCCUAAUUUAGAUGUCCCUACGGUCUAUUCUUUACCCAUUUUAUAAUGUAAAUUAAAAAAGAUUAUACAUUGUUGUCCUAAUUCAACAAAAAUACUCCAUGUAUUAUUGGAAGUCAUUUUUAUUUAUUUAUAUAAUAGUGACCUAUAACAUUGUGAACUCUUCCAAACGUAUUAAAUUCAACUCAUUCAUAAACUUUACAUGUUAUCUGUAAGACGAUAACGGAGAAACAUCUAAGCACCAAAGGAUGUUAGGGAUGGUAAAAGUGAGGACUAAAUUUAAAAGAUCUGAUUGGAUAAUUAGUAUUUGUAGGUAAUUCUUUUCAAGGACUAGUAUCCAUAUAUGCAAUAAUAAAGUUAUGUACUCAUUUUAAUUGCUUCUAUGAGCUUAUUGGGUAUUCAUGGAGGAUUUGGAUUUUACUCGCAAUAUAUAUUCAAUUCUCUAUACAAGAAAAUUUAAAGGGAUACAAUAAGAGACUUAAUAUAAUUUCUGUACGUAGUCUGAAAUAUAGCCCAUGCAAAAAUAAGGGAGUUCUCAAAAUUGAAAUUUUUUCUACCCACGUUAAGUUUAAUAUAACUUGCACGAGUGGCCACAUGCAUCAUGCAGUUAAUUACUGGUGGAUCAAAAGAUAAAUUAAAGAGCAGCGCUAAAAUAUGAAACCCUAAUUCAAAAAAGUGUCCAACUUGCCUUCUCCAUGGCUCCAUUGAGCAUUUUAGCGAAGAUGAUUCUCCACAUGUAGGGAAUCUAAACAAAUUCCUUCACCAGAGGCUCUCUUUCUCUCUCCCUAGUUUUCCACUCACUCAUCCAUGAUCGACGACGAGCAGAGAGCAAAGCAGAAGCUCACUGUCCACAAGCAGCGAUGGAGCAUCUUCUCCUCCCGCCGGUCACUCUCGUGGACCGCAUCACCAUCCUCCAACUCCAACUCAAUUCGCCCCCAAACCUCCCCCGUCGCCGUUGUCCUUCCAACGGAGUUUCUCUGCCCCAUUUCCGGGUCACUGAUGACCGACCCGGUCAUCGUCUCCUCCGGUCACACCUUCGACCGAGUAUGCCUUCAAGCCUGCCACUCACUUGGCUUCUCCCCUGUUCUCACCGGCGGCGUCGAUGACAACAGCUCCUUCGUCCCUGAUUUCUCCAACGUCGCAAUCCCUAAUCUCGCUCUCAAAUCCGCCAUCCUCAACUGGUGCAAUAGCCACUCCAUAAUCCCUCCGAAACCCCUCGAUUACUCAAUGGCGGAGACCAUCGUCAGGGCCAAAAUGAAGCAUUUGAAGAAACAGGGGAGCACCAAUUUGGGGAAAAACAGAGGAGUAACUGAAACAGGGGAAACCCAAUUUGCAGAACAGGGGAAUCCCGAUUUGGUGAACAGAGCAAUUGAAACAGGGGAAGCAGCCCAAAAAACUCGUGUCUCAACGAGCUCGGAGGAAUCGAUUGGUAGCUCCCCUGGGUCGUCCGAUUCGUCGCUCCCGCUGCGAAUACCGACCCGACCCGUAUGCUACUCCUCCCGCUCCGCUUCGUCCUCAUCGGAGCCCGACGAAACCGUACUCGACCCCGUGGAGGAAGCGCUCCUCGCCAAGCUGAAGAGCGCACAAGUGUUCGAAAUCGAAGAGGCAUUAAUUUCUCUCCGGAACAUGACCCGGACGAAAGAAGAGAAUUCCGUCAAUCUCUGCACUCCGACGGUUCUCUCGGCCUUGCGAACCCUAAUUUCGUCCAAGUACACGAACGUUCAGGUGAACGCCGUCGCUUCUCUAGUCAAUUUAUCAUUGCAGAAGCAGAACAAGGUGAAGAUUGUACGGUCGGGGCUCCUCCCGCCGUUGAUUGAUGUGUUGAAGGGUGGGUUUCCCGAGGCGCAGGACCACGCAGCCGGGGCGAUUUUCAGCUUGGCGCUCGACGAUCACAACAAGACGGCAAUCGGCGUUUUGGGGGCGUUGCCGCCGCUCUUGAAUUUGCUCCGGUCCGGGAGCGAGCGGACUCGGGAUGACUCGGCUCUGGCUCUGUACCACCUGUCGCUGAUUCAGAGCAAUCGGAGUAAGAUGGUGCGCAUCGGGUCGGUGGGUGUUCUGUUGGGGAUUUUGAAGUCGGGUCAUAUGGCGGGUCGAGUUCUGUUGAUACUGGGAAAUUUGGCGUUCUGCGCAGACGGGCGUGCAGCGAUGCUGGACGGCGGCGGGGUGGAGUGUUUGGUGAGUCGGUUGAGGGGCGAGUUGGAAUCGGAAUCGGAAUCGGAAUUGGAUGAGUCGAUUGAGGAGAGCUGUGUGACGGUGUUGUGCGGACUGUGUCAGGGCGGGUUGAGGUUUAAGGGGCUAGCGAAGGCGGCGGGAGCGGAGGAGGUGCUGGCGACGGGCGCGGAAAGGGGGCGGAGAGAAGGGACGAGGGAGAAGGCGAAGAUGGUGUUGGAGAUGCUACGGAGGAAGGCGGAGGAAGACACGGCGGUGGAGGAGGUGGAUUGGGGGGAGUUGCUGGAAAUGGAAACUCGGUGGGACUUCUCCGGCAAGACUCGGUGAUCAGCGAGUUGAGUCGUGACGGGGACUCGGAAUGACUUUGUUACAGGUUUUUUAACUUUCCUUUUUACCUUUUUGUUUUUUUUUUCGUUGAAUUACCUUUUUGUUUUGUGGGUGUAAAUGUAAAUCUGUUUUUUCCUUUUUGUGUUUGGACUGCGGGGUGAGUGUAUUGGGCUAUUGGGUGGGCGAUUGGGUUUUGGCUGUGGGCUUUUUGCCUUCUUGUCCCCAUUGUUUUAUUUUCUUGGGGUACCCAAACAAUUUGUUUUUUCUUUUCUAGUUUCCUCUAUUCCUAAAAAGAAAGAGGAAAACAGGAAAAGAUGAUUUGGAAAUUUUCCCUAUGGAGUGGGACAAAAAAAAAAAGGUAAAUAAAGUUUUUUUUUUUUUUGUAUUUAACCAUUGCUUUGUAUAUUGGUGAGUCUCUUUUAAUUUUUAGGGCAAAAUUAAUAACAAAGUCACGAAAUGUUCAUCUUUAGUGGUCAUAAAAUAAAGAAUGAGAAUCAGCCUGGUUGGUGGAUCGACGCAAUUCACUCUUCGAACUUGUGUGUUUGAUUCCUAGUUUCGGUACUUUUCCUUCCCUUCCUAGUAGCACCACUUUGUAACAACAUAUUUCAAUAAAAAAGUAGUCGUACAAUAAUUAGUUAGAAAAUAUGCAUUGAAUUUAAAUCAUAAGGUGAUAAAGAACAAAGUAGAUAAAAAUUGAUGAUCAUGGGUAACUAAGUUACUAUUAAAAAAAAGGAGAAGGAGGGCUAGAUAAGAAGUUUAGUAUCAUAAUUUAUAGAUGAUACUAAAAGUAAAUACAUGCUCAUCUCGCUAGCAAUCUUUCUGAUUUUCUAGGGAUGAUGGAUGAACUUCAACUUCUACCAGCGAUGCCUCUCACUUUAUUAGCCUACUAAUGGCCUCAAACUAAUACAUGAUAGGGUUGAUUGAUCACGAACCCAUUUGGUUACAUCAUUAAGUCGAUAUAAAAGAAUUCUUUCCUUUUUUUGGUUUUUAUAUAUAUUUUUAAACCAUGUCCUUCCGCACAUCAAUCCAUAGUAUACUAAAAAGGUCUUUUCGAC